AUGAUGAGCAGCUAUCCCACACCCAAUCCGCUGACUUGUACUACUCCUGUAUAACCAGCCGUCACCUGUCUCCAUCGAACAAACCAAGAUCCCAGAAGCAUCCCACACAAGCCAAGCCAAGACGACGGCUCCCAGCAGCAGGCAGCAGCUGAUGGAGAUCGCCAGGGUCGACCUCCGCGGGCUGGAGCCCGGCGGGCCGGGCUGGGCGGAAGCCCGGGACGCGGUGACGGCGUCCGUCGUGGCGCACGGCUUCGUCGUCGUGGCGCACGACGCGCUCGGCCUGGAGCUCCGGCAGGCGCUGUUCGGCCGCGUCAUGCCGGAGAUCUUCGCGCUCCCGCCGGAGGCCAAGCAGCGGAACGUCUCCGAGGUGGGCCCCUUCCGCGGCUACAUCUCCAACGUCCCCGGCACCAACUGGGAGAGCGUGCGCCUCUCCGAGCCCACCGACGCCGGCCGCGUCCGCGACUUCGCCGACCUCCUCUGGCCGCAGGGGAACCCCGCCUUCUGCGACACGAUCGCGUCCGCGGCCAAGAACGUGUGGGAGCUGCAGCGCACGGUGGAGAAGAUGAUCCUGGAGGGCCUGGGCGUCGGGGAGGAGCGCAUCGGCGCGCAUCUGGACACGCUCGCCCACAGCGUCCGGCUGUCGCGCUACGGGCCCCCGCCGGACGCGGAGACGAACAUGUCCCUGCAGGCGCACCGCGACGACAGCAUCAUGACGGCGAUCGUGCAGCACGGCGUGGAGGGCCUCGAGGUGCAGGUUCAGGACGGGAUCUGGCUCGCGGUGCCGCCUGAGCCGGACUUGUUCACCUUCGUCGCCGGCGAGCUGUUCACGGUCGUGACUAACGGGAGGGUGCCGGGUUGCUUCCACCGCGUGAGGACGCCGAGCAACCGGGAGCGCCUGUCGGCGCUGUUCGGCUGCCCGGGGAAGGACGGCGUCCUACUGAGCGCCAUCGACGAGCUCGUCGACGACGAGCACCCUCUGCUGUACCGUCCCUGCACCAACGACGGCUACACGACGUUCCGGCACUCAGAGGAAGGGCGCAAGUCCGGUGAUCCACUGAAGGCCUUCUGCGGGGUGCAGAAGGAUUGAUCGCCGUUCGUAACUCAAGCUCAGUUCACCUCACCAUUCUGAAGUCGUCAAGCUCUGUUAUCCACACCAUUCUGAAGCCGCAAUUGCUAGGUUACCUAUGUAAUGAUCGCUGCACCAUUCUGAAGUCCUAUUGCUACUGAACGUUACUCAAAUCGCUGUCAGUUAUCUUAUCGUUUAAGCACUUUAUGGAUGAUAAUUACUAGUACGACAUUACCGGCUGAUCUUAUUCAGUUUA